AUGACAACGAUUCAAAUCAUUUCCGAUCUUCACCUGGAAGAAGACGACGAUUACGAGCAUUUCAUAAUCGAGCCGAGGACGAAAUACCUCGCUCUGCUCGGCGACAUUGGCAACGUCGACACACAACAGGACAAGUGCCUCGGCUUCCUGCGCGCGCAGCUCCGCAAGUUCCGCAUCGUCUUCUUCGUCCCCGGGGCCCAGGAGGUACACGGCUCAACCUGGGACAAGGUCACCCAGAUCCUCUCGGACUUUGAGGACGACACAAGACAAGACGGCAGCCUCCUCGGCGAGUUCGUCCUCCUGGACAAGAGGGCGUUCCAGAUUCCAAAAACAAACACCUUCAUCCUGGGGUGCAGCCUGUUCUCCAGCCUCCGGUGCACGAGUGACGACCGGCCGAUGGAGCGCCCGAGUCAGUCUUUGCGAACCAAGCAGGGGAACAUGAGCGAUCAUCAUAGGGCGCACGUGCGCGACCUGGAGUGGCUGAACGACACGGUGGUCUCGCUGGAGGAGGAGUCGGGCCACGAAGCCGCCUUCAGGAUGGCCAUCUUUACGCACUGGAGUCCGUCGAGGGACGAGAGGGCGGUUGAUCCGCGGUUUGUGGACGAGUCGUAUAAGUGCGGGUUCUCGACCGACUUGUCCCGGGAGGAGUGUUUUGUCAACAGGGGCGUCGUCUUGUGGGCGUUUGGGCACACGCACUACAACUGCGACUUUCUCGCGGACCGGGGGCCGGAUGCGUUCGGGGCCGUGCCGCCGAUUCGCCUCUUGGCAAAUCAGCGAGGGUAUAGGCUGGAACCGGCCGUGGGGUUUGACGGCGACAAGACGGUUGAUAUUUGA